GAGCGUUUUUAAACUAAGAGCGCGGCCCCUUUAAGGAGUAGCGAGAAGAUGGGCGCGCUGCAUUGUGGGAAGCGGAAAGACACCGGAAGUGAGAGGCUUAAUGAGCGUCGUAGGUCCUGUGACGCAGGAAGGCUGAUCUGCGGCUUGGGCCAAAGAACAGAAUCUGGGAACAUGGAAACUAUAGCUGCUAAUCCUCCUGGAGGAUCAAAUGGCUUGGAAGAACCCAAGAAGAUGACAAGAGAAGAUUGGAGGAAGAAGAAGGAAUUGGAAGAACAACGAAAACUGGGAAAUGCACCAGCUGAAGUCGAUGAAGAAGGAAAAGACAUCAAUCCUCAUAUUCCCCAGUAUAUUUCCUCAGUACCAUGGUACAUAGAUCCUUCAAAAAGGCCUACACUGAAACAUCAGAGACCUCAACCAGAGAAACAAGAAGAAUUUACAUCACUAGGAGAAUGGUAUAAGCGAGGAGUUAAAGAGAAUGCUGUUGCAACCAAAUAUCGUAAAGGUGCUUGUGAGAACUGUGGUGCAUUGACCCAUAAAAAGAAAGAUUGCCUAGAGAGACCUAGAAAAGUUGGAGCAAAAUUUACAGGAACUAACAUUGCAGCAGAUGAGCAUAUGCAGCCUCAAUUGAUGUUUGACUAUGAUGGGAAAAGAGACCGUUGGAAUGGUUAUAACCCAGAAGAGCAUAUGAAGAUUGUGGAAGAAUAUUCCAAGGUUGAUCUAGCUAAACGCACACUCAAAGCUCAGAAACUGCAGGAGGAACUGGCUUCAGGAAAACUGACGGAGCAAGUGAACUCCCCACGUCAUCGAUGGGGAGAAGAGGAACCAAAUUCACAAACGGAAAGAGAUCAUAACAGUGAAGACGAAGAUGAAGACAAAUAUGCAGAUGACAUUGAUAUGCCUGGACAGAAUUUUGACUCCAAAAGACGCAUUACAGUCCGAAACUUGCGAAUUCGAGAGGACAUUGCUAAAUACCUACGGAAUCUAGAUCCCAAUUCUGCCUACUAUGAUCCUAAAACCAGAGCAAUGAGGGAGAAUCCUUAUGCCAAUGCAGGCAAGAAUCCAGACGAAGUCGGUUAUGCAGGAGAUAACUUCGUGCGUUACACGGGGGCUACCAUUUCUAUGGCCCAAACUCAGUUAUUCGCCUGGGAGGCCUAUGAAAAAGGCUCUGAAGUUCAUCUUCAAGCAGAUCCUACAAAACUUGAACUCUUGUACAAAUCCUUCAAAGUGAAAAAAGAAGACUUUAAACAUGAGCAGAAAGAAAGCAUCUUGGAGAAGUAUGGAGGUCAAGAACAUCUGGAUGCCCCACCAUCUGAAUUGUUACUUGCUCAGACAGAAGACUAUGUGGAAUAUUCUAGACAUGGAACAGUUAUUAAAGGUCAAGAGAAGGCUGUUGCUCGCUCUAAAUACGAGGAGGAUGUAAUGAUCAACAACCACACAUGUAUUUGGGGUUCUUACUGGAAAGAAGGAAGAUGGGGAUAUAAAUGCUGCUACUCAUUUGUCAAGUUUUCAUAUUGUACAGGAGAAGCUGGAAAGGAAAUUGCUAAUGCCAGUGAAGAAUUGCCAAAUGAAGUGUGUGAGGAGGAGCAGUUAACCAAACCCAAAACACUAAUGGAGAUACACCAACAUAAACAAAAAGAAGAAAAGAAGAAGAAAAAGAAAAAGCAUAAGAAGAGUACAAGUUCUGAUAGUGAGGGAGAGGACAGAAAGAAACAAGAGAAAUUGAAAAAGGCACUGAAUGCAGAAGAAGCCCGUCUCCUUCAUGUGAAAGAAAUCAUGCAAUUGGAUGAGAGAAAGAGACCAUACAAUAGCAUGUAUGAAAACCGAGAACCAACAGAGGAGGAAAUGGAAGCGUACCAAAUGAAGCGCCAGCGACCAGAUGACCCCAUGGCCUCUUUUCUGGGGCAGUAGUUUUGGGCAAAAGACUUGCAAGCUCAUAGGACUUGUAUAUAGGCAUCUAAACAGAUAAAUGUUGUAUGUGAGUCACUUUCCCUAAGCAAGUUGUCAGCUGAUGCCCUGUUCUUUCGCAUCAUAUUUACACAUGGCCCAGCCAGCCUAGAACUCUGAGUAAAAAAACAAAAAAAAAGGUGAGCCAGUGUUUUUUGUUGAGCAGGUUUACUCAAGUCCUUGGAAAUUAUAGUGCUGAGUUUUUAAAAAAACUUGAUUAGAAGAUUCAGUAGAUAUUGCAAAUAUCAAACAGCACACAGUUGUUAGGGUCUGUUUCAAAAAUACAUAAUUGUUUACUUCCCUGAAUAGAUUAAAGAUGACUUUGAGGAAAACUACCUGAAUCUAAUAGAAUUCCACAAUUCUGAAAUGUUUUUCAGUUUCUUAGCAGAAUUUAUUUUAGGAUUCCAGCUAUUAAAAGUGGUUCUAAUAUUUCACUUCUAAUAGGGUACUUUAUUCUGUCACAGUUAAAGAUUCUGUUUUCCUAUAGAUUGUGGAUCAUAUUGGCCUGGGAUUUGGCGGGUUGUAGUGUCACAUCAUCAGAAUGGCAUGACGUUGAAGGAAUCUCUUCUACAUUCUUUUAAAAGCAUUUUGAUUUUGAAUAAUUUUCAACUUAGUAAUUAUUAUUUUGGAAUUCAAGAAUGAGGAAUUCAAAUUCUUAUAAAUUUGGAAAUGCUCUAAUUCUAACUCUGAUGUUUUAAUAACAUUGAAUCUUGUGGCACCAAAGCUAGUUCAUUAAUUGUAACAUAGGGCUAGAAUAGAUUGACUGUGCCUAGUCAAACUGAGGAGCUCAAAUUGGAGGGAGGUUUUGCCACGUUGACAUGGCAAGCUUGAAGUUAAUGAAAUGCAGAGUACUGUCCAACAUUAAUAUGUAAUGCUCAAUUGAGAAGUAAAAUGGAUAUAUUAGUUAAUGUGUAAUUGCUAAACUUCUUGGCUUUAGUAUUUAAUUGUAGAAGAAAAAAGUCAUUUUGAAGUAAUUCUAAAUGAAUACUUGGCAGUAUACAUUAGAUUAAUAAUUUUUCCCUGCAUAGUGGGAAAUUCCUAAGGCUGCUGCUUAUUGCUGUUUUUUAUAUGGCUUUCUUUUGACCAAAGUUAUCCCUCUGGUUAUAAUAGAAAGGCAUUGCUGACAAGUGGUGAGAUACCUUUUAUAUAUAGGUAAAAAUGCAAUUGGACCCUCAAAAAGAAGAUGCAGAAAAUAAUAGAGAAUAUUUUGACAUUUGUAAUUGUAGCAUAGACAAAAAAAAUCCCAUUUUGAAAUGUAUUAUUCCAAAAAUGUAUAAAUAUUUUUACAUAAGCUUUUUAUUGCCUCAGUUUUAAAAAGUUUUAAAAUU